CAUACUGGUUUUACAAUUGUGAAGAAAAACAUUGCAGAUUCUACUGUGAAGGAUGGAAGAACUGGCACUUGUUUUGUGCAUGUUGAGCACAGUCGUUAGUUUUCCGAUAAACCCCCAGACAGCCGGGACACAUGGCAUGGCCAGUGUGAGCCUUGAGAGUAUCAGAAGCCAACAGACAGCCAACAAUCUGGCAGCACUUCCUCAGCUUUCAAGGUUUGGGUACAAUGAUCCAUACUCAACAUUAUGGCUGCACGGUCUCUUACCACCACAUGUAACAUAUCCAUGGCUUCACCAAAGACCACAACUCCUGGAUAAUCAACAGUUUGAAUAUGCUUUGCCAAUACAUCCUCCUCCAUUGCCUGGGGUGCAGGCUCCAGCUCAGCCACAGAAUCCAACUCAAGAAACUCAGAAUGAUCCACAGUCAACAGGGUCAUCUGUGAAGGCAGAACAGCUCCUACAUCAGCCAUACAUGCCUCUGGGAUAUCCAAAACUACCGCAAACAAUGCCAACACUAGCUCCCCAAAAUGGGGCACCACCCGAUGGUCAAAUCCAAACGGUAGCAUUGUAUAUGUACCAAACAAUAAUGAAUAAAUUACUGCAGCAAGGAGCAGGAGACACAGGCCCAGAUCCCGCUGGAGUCCCUCCUGUACAGCAGCAACAUCCUUAUCCUGGCCUAGUGUUUAUGCAAUAUGGAGGAGCUGGGGGUCCUCCAGCAAGACUUGGUGUGAUGAGCUCUGAAGAGAUGCAGGGUGGUCGUGCUGGGGCUGCACAUGCUUUUAAUGGCUUGUAUCCUGGGCUUCUCCAAAUGGGUUCUGGAUUUGGAGGCAUCCCUCAGAACCCAGUCUUUCAAGGAGACUUCACAGUGGAAGAUGACUCUCCUGCAGCAGGAAGGCAACCUGUGGGCCAGGGAGCAGCUCACAGUCCAAUUGAUAACCCCUCACUUGUUGGCUCUAACCCAUCUCUGCCAGGUCUAGAGGGAAGCCCAAUAGGACAAGGAGAAGCUAUGCCAUUCCCCAUCAAUGUACCCAACUUUGCCUUAAACCCCUUAGGUCAGAGUAAACUCCCACCACAUGUCACACCACCAAAUGUAUCCCAGUUAAACCAUGAUACAGGUGCAGGCUUUGCUCCUUACGGCAUUGAUGAAACAAUGCCCUAUGGCUUCCAAAGAGAAACUCCUAUUCAUAUGGACAGUACGCCACCAAAUACUGCUAUUGAUACUCCUAUUCUACCAAGUGAAGUACACUUACAGCAUCAUUAUUUCCAUGAGCCCUGA